AUGAAAUUCUCAUCAGCUUCAAUCUUAGCCCUUAGUGCUCUUGCAAUUGCUGCUCCAGCAGCUGCCGUCGAUGACGAUUGCACAACUACUGCCUUCCAUGGUCAUCAUAAACAUAAAAGAGAAAUUGUUUAUGAUUAUGCUUAUGUUACCGUCACUGUUGACAUAAAUGGUAACACCAUCGGUUUACCAGCAACCAGUUCAAGUACCAGUGUUGAUCCAACUACUUCAUCUCAAACUACUGAAACUAUUCAAACCACCUCAACCAGUACCACCAGUAGUUCUACCUCAGUUGCUACCACUUCUUCAUCUACUCAACAAAGUCAAGAAACCACAGGAUCUUCAAGUGGUGGUUCUGGUGGUAUUAAUGGUGAUUUAGGCUUAUAUCAAAACCCAACUGAAGAAUUCCAAGAUGGUGUCAUUUCUUGUAGCUCAUUCCCAUCCGGUCAAGGUGUUAUUGCCUUAAACAACUUAGGCUUUGGUGGUUGGUCUGGUAUUGAAAACUCAGAUGGUUCAACCGGUGGUCCAUGUGGUGAAGGUUCAUACUGUUCUUAUGCUUGUCAAAGUGGUAUGUCCAAGACUCAAUGGCCUUCAGCUCAACCAGCUAAUGGUGUUUCUAUUGGUGGUUUAUUAUGUAAAGGUGGUUUCUUAUAUAAAUCAAACCCAUCCAACAGUUACUUAUGUGAAUGGGGUGUUGAUAAAGCCACUGUUAUUUCAGAAUUAUCUCAAUCAGUUGCUAUUUGUAGAACUGAUUACCCAGGAACUGAAAACAUGGUUAUCCCAACUGUUGUUAACGCUGGUGGUAGUUCUCCACUUACUGUUGUUGACCAAGCCACUUACUAUACUUGGAGAGGAGGUGCAACUUCUGCUCAAUAUUAUGUUAAUAAUGCUGGUGUUAGUUAUACUGAUGGUUGUAUCUGGGGUACUGCAGGAUCUGGUAUUGGUAACUGGGCUCCAUUAAAUUUUGGUGCCGGUUAUGCUAAUGGUAUUGCUUAUUUAUCAUUAAUUCCAAACCCAAACAAUUACGAUUCAUUAAAUUUCAAUGUUAAGAUUGUUGCUGCCGAUUCCUCUUCAACUGUCAGUGGUCAAUGUGUUUACUCCAAUGGUCAAUAUAACGGUGAUGGUACUGAUGGUUGUACUGUCGGUGUUACUUCUGGUAGUGCCAACUAUGUUUUAUACAAUUAG